UGUCUUUUCCAGGUGUGAUCCUGACAAGCAGAGAUGGGGAGAAAACUGGAUCUGUCCAAGCUCACGGACGAAGAGGCCAAGCACGUCUGGGAAGUGGUUCAGCGGGACUUUGAUCUGAGAAGGAAGGAAGAGGAAAGACUGGAGGGGUUGAAGGGCCGGAUUAAGAAGGAGAGUUCCCAGAGGGAGCUGCUUGCGGACACGGCGCACCUGAAUGAGACCCACUGUGCCCGCUGCCUGCAGCCCUACCGGCUCCUCGGGACCCCCAAAAGGCAAUGCCUGGACUGCCGCCUCUUCACCUGCCAAGACUGCAGCCACGCCCACCCGGAGGAGCAGGGCUGGCUCUGCGACCCCUGCCACCUGGCCAGGGUUGUGAAGAUCAGCUCCCUGGAAUGGUACCACCAGCACCUGAGAGCCCGCUUCAAGCGCUUCGGGAGCGCCAAAGUGAUCCGCUCCCUGUGCGGACGGCUGCAGGGGGGAGGUUUGCCUGACAGAGCGCGAAGCUCGCCUGACAUCCACAAUGGGCCUGAGCCAAGCCCUGGUGAGGGAAGUGGAGACAGUGAGCAGACAGAUGAAGAUGGAGAACUGGACAUAGUGGCCCAGGCCCAGCCCGUUGGCAGCAAGAAAAAGCGCCUUUCUAUUCACGACUUGGACUUUGAGGCAGACUCUGAUGACUCUACUUGGUCUGGCAGUCACCCCCCAUAUUCGUCCCCAGUCCCAGCGGCCACAGACAGCCUACAGGUCCCGUGUGCUCAGGCCUUCAUGGAUGAACCCCAUGCAAAGGACACCUCCCCGGAGGCCACGGUCCUGGAGGAGGCCAAUGUCAGCGCCUCUGGGUGCCAGCCCCGUCCAGAAGAGCAGACGGACGGCCUCUCACCUGAGGGACAGGACACCCUCACUGAGCUCUGCAUCCCUGGAGAGUCGUGCAUGACAGCCCCAGGGACUCCUGCCACAGCUGGGACGAGCGCCAUCGGGAGUGAGCAGCUCCCCUCCCGGUAUCUGGCCGCCGUGGACACCUCCGAUGACGAGAGCACCCGGGCUCCCAGUGCGGCCUCCUGCCGUUCCAGACAGAGAGGCCACGCCCCGUCCCAGAGCCAGCGUCUCACGGGCUGCGAGCCCACAGAUGCCGACAGAGAAGAAGAGACCCUCAGGAGGAAGCUGGAGGAGCUGACCAGCCACAUCAGUGAUCAGGGGGCCUCAUCCGAGGAGGAGGGGAGCAAGGAGGAAGAGGCAGACCUGGACAGGAGCCCCUCCAUCAAGGACCUCCCCGGGGCAGCCCCGGAGAUGAGCGUGGCUGCGGGCCAGGCGUACAGACAGGAAACCACCCCCCAGGACCCUCAGGACCUCGUGCAGCCCGGCAGGACCACAGACGAGGAGCUGCUGGAGCUGGAGGACAGAGUGGCCCUCACGGCCUCUGAGGUUCAGCAGGUGGAGAGCGAGGUCUCCAACAUCAAGUCCAAGAUUGCUGCCUUGCAGGCUGCAGGGCUCUCAGUGAAGCCGUCGGGAAAGCCCCAGAGGAAAUCCAACCUCCCUAUAUUUCUUCCCCGACUUGCUGGGAGAUUGGACCAGAGUCCUAAGGAUCCGAAUGCAGACCCUGCGGAGGAGGUGAUGACAGCGCCCUGUCUUCUCAGAAGGAAGUUCGGUAAUUCCCCGAAAAGUCAAGGUAAAGACGGGGCCUCCUUUGGUCGGCAGUCGGUGUACCGCGGAUCCCUGACACAGAGAAACCCCAACAGCCGCAAGGGGGUGGCCAACCACAGCUUUGCGAAACCCGUGAUGACCCACCAGCCCUAAAGGGGGAGCUUUGUCGGAACCAGACGGAGCGACCCGGGGGCCCUAGCCCUCUCCUUCCCUCCGCCUCACCGUCCCGUUCCUCCGUCUGCCCCGCGCUCUGUGCUGCACGCAGUCCGGGGAGAGACAGGACGCAGCACCGUCCACCGAGGGACCAGUGUUCUCAGACCCUCGGCUCCUCACCCACGUUCACGGACGACCUCCGCCCCCACCCCUGCCGGCCCGCUGUGAUCCGUGAGAAACAUCUAAGCUGACCUGGCUUCCCUUUAGGACGGCGUUAAACUCUUUGAAGGACAAAAAGAA